AUGAUUCGAUACGUCGAGCGACAGGCACUGUCCCUUGCAAUACUAUGCAGCGCAGUACUGGCUCUGAAUACAGUCUCCCGUGCCAACGCAGAAAACUUGGCACGUGGCCGGGUCACCGUAUUGGAUGGAAUUCCUUAUUACGUGGGCGAUAUUCCGGUGUCUCAACUGCUACAUGUACCGCCAUCGACGUUGGACUCGACCGAUCUUUCCAAUGUUGACAUUCUGCCCAUGACCGUCGUCUCCAGCAAUUCGUCUGAGCUUACCGGCCGUGAACUAAAUGCCACUAUAGCCGAGUAUUCUAUGCGAGAUGAUGUGUUCAGCUCAGCUUUCCUCAACACCAUCUACCUCACGAACACUAAGUACAAGUCCGCUACAAUCGAUCUACAAUCAGCGUUUCCAGAGCUUCGCAGAAACGGCAAUUCAGUUCUCAUGGUCUCGCCAGAGUACAAUGCUAGUGAGAAAGUUCAGCCAGUCAUCCAGAUGCACCUUUCGCUGGAACUGCCGAUUGGUCCUUAUUUUCUGUCGACAAAGACUGGACAGAUCUUCAAGGCACAUCGGCUGUACGAGGAUACUCAGCUGGCUUUUCUCGAGCCUUCAAUCAGCGAUGAAACGGGCGGAUACUGCUCACUUCCUGGACAGAGUGUCGCUGUUCCCUCGCGGUUAUACUAUACAGUAACACCGGAGAAGCCUUUGGCUGGCCUUCGACUCGGGGUAAAGGACAUCUUCCACAUCAAAGGUCUCCGAACAAGCGGCGGAAACCGUGCAUACUAUUCCCUGUACGGACCGCGCAAUGCCACAGGAACAGCUGUGCAACGUCUCAUCGAUAAGGGUGCUGUGCUCGUGGGAAAGAUGGGCACUGUUCAGUUUGCCAAUGGUGAUCGGCCCACUGCGGACUGGGUGGACUUCCAUUGUCCUUUUAAUCCUCGAGGCGACGGCUAUCAAGACCCUAGCGGCUCAUCUACCGGACCUGGCGCUGGCAUGGGUGCAUACGACUGGCUUGACAUCGCCAUUGGAAGCGACACAGGCGGCUCAAUGCGCGGCCCAGCCGGUGCCCAGGGAUUAUUCGGCAAUCGGCCCAGUACGGGCGCAGUUGAACUGGACAACGUCAUUCCCCUUUGCUCUGGCCUUGACACUGCGGGUGUCUUUGCUCGGAGUGCGCAUACCUGGGCUCGUGUCGCCCAUGCCUGGUAUCAAGAUUUUGAUGGCGGCUAUCACUCAUAUCCGAAGAAGCUAUUGUAUCAAAGUAGUUCAUUCACGACAGAGGCCAUUAAUAACACGGAUGCAUCAGCGGUGAUUGAAGAGUUUGUGCUAAUGCUAGAAACGUUCCUUGGAACGCAGCGCACCCAUGUCGACGUCAAUGCUGCUUGGAACUCCAGCCGACCCUCUCAUGUACCCAAUAUCACCCUGCAAGACAUGCUGCACUAUACGUACGGCACUCUCAUUUCCGUAUACCAAUGGCUUCACCUGGGUGUCCCGUUCUUCCGUGACUACGCUGCAAAACACGAUGGCCGCACUCCAUACAUCAACCCCAAUUCCCUACUUCGCUGGGAAAUCGGCAGGGAAGCACAGCAAGAAGGAUGGAAUAAAGCGUGGCAGAACAAGACCAUUUUCCAGCAUUGGUGGAACGGUAAUGCUAGUUUCGGAGCUCAUAAUAAUGAAACUUGCUCAGAGGGUAUCUAUAUAUACCCGAACAGCGUGGGUUCUGUCAGUUACCGUGAUGAGUAUUUCGGAACCCCAUCGGCCCCGUUUUGGGGUAUGAGUGAUAGCAAUAUUGCUGUAUUUGCUGGAGUCCCGGACUUGGUCGUUCCGAUUGGUGAAGUUCCCCACAACAGCACCAAGAGCGGCAAGACCGAGUAUUUGCCUGUUACCAUGAGCUUGGUCGCGGCUCGCGGCUGUGAUUUGAUGUUGGCCAACAUGAUUCGGGAGAUGGAAGAUCAGCACAUUCUCAAACUAGUUGCGGUUGGUCCGAUGUUGUACCCUUAA